UCAACUACUCAGAUCCCAUUGUGCUUCUAGAUAGAGGGAUUUUCUGAUUUACGACUCAGUAGUUGGUGACCAAAUUUUUUCAUCGUGAAUUCGAAGUUCGUUCGUUUGAUUAUUUUUAGAUCCUAGUUUCCCAAACUCCAGACGAUUAACAACGUACGUAAUAGUUAGCUUAUCAUGCCUUAUUAGUAAUUCAAUCGUAUUUGUGAUGUUGCCCGAAAAUGGUUUGUAUAGACGAAGUAGUUGCUUACUUCAAAACACUUAAAAGCUACGAGCGGCUUUGGAUGAUGUGUAGACUCCAAAGCCACUGUCUUCCAAUUGAAUUGAGGUAUCUUGGUACUUGUUUGGAUAAUUUAUCUAAAAGAGACAUUCACGUUUUAAAAAAGUUGGAAUUGGAAGCCAAUGACCCAGCUAAUGUCAGUGAAGUAGCUUGCAAGUGUAUCUGUGACAAGACUGUUAGGGCAGCGGUCAUCAAGUAUUUAUCUGUAUUAAAUGCAAAUAGUACUAAAUGUUCAGAGAUAAUUUACAAAGCAUUGACUGAUGAAAAAGGAUUAGAACGUAUAUUCAAAAGUCCUAAAACGUUUUUCAAUGAUAAAAACACUUUUGAAGAGCUUAUGGUAUUGUAUACAUUAGCUGUAAAUCAUCCUGCAUUCUUAUUUGAACAAAAGACACAAUUAGAUAGUAUAUUCAAUUGUAUUAAAAAAGAAAAAGAACGGCAAAUUUCUAAUAAUAAAGACGGUGAUAGUGACAGCAAAGAAUCAUCAAAAAGCUUAGAGAGUAUUAAUACCAUGAUUCCGCCACCUAAUUAUAUGUACCAACAAACUCAUGGAGGAUCUAAUUUUCCACUUAAUAGAAACGGUUAUAUUUAUCCACGCCAAUAUUUUAAUUUUAUAGAUUUCCCGUGUCCUCCAAUAAAUGUGCCACCAAUGCAAGUUUGUCAUGAUUACCCUCCACCACCUCCACCACCGCCCCCAGCUGUUACAGCCAUCAGAGGUCCUCACCAAACAGGUUUUUCAAAAUCGCCUAGUCCUGUAUCUUGGCCUCCACGUACAUUCCAAAUAAACAACCCUCGAAGUCAACCGCCUCCAAACAAUAGUUCUAAACAAAGACAUCCUACACCUCCUAGAUUUCGCAGUCCUCCCGAUGCUGGUUUCCCAUUUACACAGACUUGGAAUAGUUGGAACAUGUAUCAAAUGUCACCACAAAAUGUGUAUACUAAUUACAACUAUAAUCCGGGUGUAAUGCCUCCUUUUUUUCAUGAAAAUACUACAGGUCGUAAUUUUCAAGGUCAAGGAACAAAGAAUAAACAUGUGGCAACAAGCACUCGACCACCACAAGAACAAUUGAAAAAUCAAAUGCCAAAUUCUUUGCCCAAUACUACACCAAAUAAAAACAAUGCAUCCACAAAAAAUGAUGGAAUACACAGCCAAAUGACCUCAUCUGACUGUUCAAAAUCAUCAGAUACUAGUCAACCUAGUUCUUAUAGAACUGUAAGUUCAUCUGUGCCAGAUAAUGUUCCAAUUAGUACUCCUCAGUCACCAAUUAAGAGUAAUGCCACAUAUAAUAGUCCCAAACCUACCCAGUUUCAAACACCUGUUGCCAAAACAUAUAAUUUAAAAAAUAUUUCUGAAAACAAAAAAAAACCUGAUAAUGUUCAUCAGACUGUUAUAAAAUUUUCUCAAACAUCACCAAAAAACUUUUCAUCUUCUACAAACAUUAUUACCAGUUCAUCUCAAGUGAUGCCAAAUAAUCAAAGGAAAGAACAAACAAAAAAUAUUGAUCUGUCAUCACUUUCAACGGUUCUUGAAGAUUCAACUACUGAGAAUGCUUCUGUCAUGAAUAGUAACUCAAAUGAAAGUCUACAGAAAAUUUCUGACAAAAUUCAACAAAAUACUAAGAUAGGUCAUGAAGUUGAAACAAACACCAAAGUAUCAGAAGGUAAAGAAGUUCCUGUCAGUGUUUCUAUGAAACCAUCAAACUCUUCUGCUCUUAGUAAUUUUAAUUCUAAUUUAACUAAGUAUUACAAAGGUCGUUCAAUUCAGUCUCAGACAAAAAAUCUUGGACGUGAAAGUAUUUCUGUUAAUGCUUAUAAUAGGAAAUCGUUAGAUACAGCACAACCACCUAAUGAACUCCGAAAAGAUAAUAUCAAUAAGCAGCAUUCUAAAGGAAAUUCUAACAAUAGUAAUCAGCAUUAUUACACUAUGUCCUAUGACAAUGGAGCUGGAACAAGAACUUAUAAUGCACAAACAUAUUAUGUUCACCAAGCUCCCACUCCUCAGCCAAUAUCAGGUUUUCCUUCAAUUCCUAGACCUUACUUACCACAGCAGCAUGUUAUUCAAUCUCCAGAGUAUCCGCAUUUGUAUCAGCCUGCAGAGUUUUUAUACUACCCAUCAUCAUCACAAACUUUUUAUACAACACCUGUAUUGAUGCAACCACCAGUAUUAGCAUAUCAUCCUCCUAAAGUAUCAUGCUAUAAUUGUGGUGGACAAAAUCAUACAGGAGCUGAAUGUACUGAAUUGACUAUGGAAGAAAUAACUAGCAAAGGUUUGUAUGAAAAUCAUUUUGGCACUCCAAUGGCUGAUGGCAGACAUCACAACUGACUUAAAUACAAAUGUACUGAAGAAAUCAUUACUCAAAUUUUAGCAUUAAAUAGAAUGACUUUAAGUCCAUUAUAAUCCAACAAGAUGAGUAUUUAAUGUUAAUUUAUUACAGACUUCAAGGAUGGUUACAGUUCAAAAACCCUCUCCUUAAAUAUUAAUUUUAAUUUAAUUUAAUGAUUUCUCAAUUUGUUACCAGUUUUUCAUUCACAUAUAAAACUGUGUAAUGUAAUUCUUCUAUAUAAGUAUAUUUUAAUGUUUAACGUUAACUGUACAAUAAGAAGUUAAUUAUAAAUUGUUCUAUAAAAAUAUCAUAUAUACUAAAAUUAUUUCCCAAUCUCUUCAUUCCAAAAGUAUUUUGAUUUUUUAAUUUACCACUAUAAUAAUAUAUUAAUCUCUUUUGGUAUUAUUUCUUUAUACUUUAACUUAUUGAACUGUUUCUGUACCUUUUUCUUGCAGCCUCUUAUAAUUAUAUAUAAAUAAACCAAAUAAAUACAUAAAAAUCUUAUCAUAAAUCAA